AUGGAGGACAAAGAAAAGGUUGUGAGAGAACCAGGGGCUUCUAGGAGGGGCCCGGACGCCGUUGACAUCGAGCCGGGGCCAGCUAUCACGGGCGGCGAUGCGGCUGACCUGAAGCAGCAACAGGAGCUUCAGCACAUCGGGACGCUGGAGAGGAAGCUCAAGUCUCGACAUGUGCAGUUUCUGGCUCUGUCCGGCGCCAUCGGCACCGGUCUGUUCGUCGGCAGUGGGCAAGUGUUAUCGCUGGCCGGCCCGCUGUCGGCGUUCAUCUCGUACGCGGUGACGGGCUUCAACCUGUACUGCGUCAUCAACAGCUUGGGCGAGAUGGCGGCGUGGCUGCCGAUCCCGGGAGCGGUGCCCAUCUUCGCGGCGAGAUUUGUUGAUCCGGCGCUUGGGUUUACUUUAGGAUGGAACUACUGGUACCAGUUCGCGAUCGGCGUCCCAAUAGAAGUCACAGUGUCCGUCGUGAUCCUCGACUACUGGGACCACGCCGUCCCGCAAGCAGCCCUCAUCACCAUCUUCUUCCUCGCAAUGGUCGUCAUAAACUGCUUCCCGGUGCGCAUCUACGGCGAAGCGGAGUUCUUCUUCGGCGCUAUCAAACUCACCACGAUAGUCGGCCUCAUCCUCCUCAUGUUCAUCAUCACCCUCGGCGGCUCCCCGUCCGGCGACCGCAUCGGGUUCCGGUACUGGGUCGACCCCGGGCCGAUGAACGAGUACCUCCGCCCCGGCUCGCUGGGCCGCUUCCUCGCCUUCUGGAAAGUCUUCAUCCAGGCCACGUUCUCGUACGGCGGCAGCGAGAUGGUUGUGGUCGCGUCCGGCGAGACGGAGAACCCGCGACGAAACAUCCCGAAGGCGAUCCGGCGGGUGUUCUGGCGCAUCGCCAUCUUUUACGUGCUGUCCAUCUUCCUCGUCGGGCUCUGCGUCUCCUCGGACGACCCGAACCUGCUCAACGCCAUCAGCAGCAGCGCGCCGGGCGCGGCCCAGUCGCCGUUCGUGAUCGCGAUCCACAACGCGGGCAUCAAGACGCUCCCCUCCAUCAUCAACGGCGUGGUCCUCAGCUCGGCCUGGUCCGCCGGCAACUCCUUCUUCUACGCCUCGACGCGGGUGCUCUACUCGGCGGCCCUGGACGGGAAGGCCCCGGCCAUCCUCAAGUUCGAGCGCUGGGGCGUGCCGUACGGGUGCGUGGCGGCGACCUCGGCGCUGAGCUGCCUCGUCUACUUCAACGUGAACAACCGCGCGGCCGAGGUCUUCUUCUGGAUCAGCAACCUCAGCGCCGUGAGCACGCUCAUCGUCUGGGCGAGCGUGUCGUACACGUACCUGCGCUUCUACUACUGCCUGAAGUACAACGGCAUCGACCGCGACACGCUGCCGUACAAGGCGCCGCUGCAGCCCUUCCUGGCGUACUUUGCCAUCUGUUUCUGCCUGGUGGUGGCCUUCUUCAACGGGUUCGACGCGUUUUUCCCGGGGCGGUUUAGCGCCAAGACGUUCCUGCCGCCGUAUAUCGACAUUCCGAUUUUUCUGACGCUGUUUUUCGGGUACAAGUUCGUGAAGAAGACCAAGUUCGUCAGGCUGUCCGAGAUGGAUAUCUGGUCCGGCAAGGCGGAGAUUGAUCGGCUGGAGCCGACGUGGCCGGUGGUCACGCCGCGGAAUUGGGUGGAGAGGAUCUGGUUCUGGAUUGCUUGA